UUCACAGCUCACGUACGUAUCAGAACCGAAUGCGCAUGGAAAACCUUGUGUGCGGCUGGAAUAGCCUGUGUAGCAAACGUUUUUUGUUGGAAAGGGCGAACGAGCCGAAAGCUGGCUAAUACUGAAAACGAUCUUCGAUUCUAUUAUUACUUCCAGCAUGUCUAGAAGAUUUGCCGUCUUAAUUAUAACUCACUUCAAGUGAGAAAUACUCGAGGAAAAGUAGGUUAUGUACACAGGUGCCUAUUGAUUGAUUCUCGUCACCAAUUUCGGCAUAGUCGGGAAAAAUAAAACAAAACAAAACAGGGGAAAAUCCUUCCACAUUCGCGUCUAGAGUGACGUCAAUCGAUCGCGGGAGCGCUGAGAAUGGCUUGAUUCUCGUCCCCAAAUUUGCUUGCUCCCUUGAGUACGGGUAUAUUCUUUUUCUGAGGUUUAAAUACUAGACAUGUGUGUUAAAGGAUUAAUUAAUCAAUUUAGAUCGGUCUUCAGUUGAGUGUCGUAAAACCUAAACCAAACCUAUUGCCAGUACAAAUUAGACUACCCAGCCAAUCCCAAACCGUCCUAAAACCUAAACGAAAACCAAAGUAAUUGCCUGAUUCCCAUGGCCUCCCGAUCUCUUAGUAUCUUCUUCAUUCGAGCAGGAAAGGUCCCAUUUUCAUUCCGCUCCACCUAUUUUCACUAAAAGGACACCUUAAAUUUGUUUAACUAUACUGAAGACAUCAGGCUGUGACUGACGAAAUAUUUGAAAGUCGUCAAAUUUCGUCGAUUCAACCCCGGGAGGCCUAUGCUUUGGUCUGGGCUCCUGGUAAGGGUUAUAAGAAACGGGGCAAUCACUCUGGAGUUUGAGUGCGAAAGGAUCUCUGGGAAUUCAAUCGUGACAGGUGUUUCGGCGUUAAAUGAGUCCGCAGUGAAAUGACUCUGUACAGCGGUAUGAUGAUCUAACAUGGCGCCGAUCCUUGGGUCGGUGCCCCAAGUUUUACGGCAAGCGGAAACUUUGAAAGCCGCUUUGAAAAGUAGCUUUGAAGAUUUCUCUGUUGGCAGUGAAGGAUGGCAGUCCAGACAAAGACUACAGGAUUUGUACAAGAGUAUCCUAUUAACAGAUCUUGAGUCUGCAUUAGACAAGAAAGUUGAACAAGAUUUGUGGAAUAGUGCUUUCAAAAGCCAGGUGGACUUUUUAAGGCAACAAACAAAAGACAGAAAGGGCUCCAAAAAAGUGGAGGUUCAAGCUGUUUUGACUUUGUUUCUUGAAGCUGCCAGUGGUUUCUAUAUUCAGCUGUUGCAGGAGUUGUGUUUGACGUACAGGCUAGACAUCCCUGGCCAUGUCAGGUCAUCACAGCUGGGUAUUCUUGAAGAAAUUAAUGGAAACACCAGUCCGGCUAAGAAACCUCAUACUCAGUCUUGUUACUACAUCUGCCAAGACUGCCUGGUGCACCUAGGAGAUAUUGCUCGGUACUGUGAUGACCCUGAGCAGGCUGAAGUGUUUUACCAUCAUGCACUUGUACUAGUUCCUUCAAAUGGUCAGCCUUACAACCAGUUGGCUAUUUUAGCUAGUGGCAAGGGAGAUGAACUGGUAACAGUUUAUUACUACUGCAGAAGUAUUGCUGUGAAAAAUCCUUUCCCAGCAGCAUCGACAAAUCUUCAUAAAACACUGAGCAAAGUAGUUGCAAGGCAUAAUACAAGAGAUGGGAACUUUGAAGUAUCCAAGGCAGAGUUUGGUCAUAUUUUCCUUCAGUUUCAUGGUCUUGUGUAUCUUGUCCAAGAAUUGGAUCAGGCAAGAACUCUCAAAGAUCGCAUUAUUGCCGCAUUAAAAGGAAUCUUGAAACAGAACAAAUUCACUUCAGAGUUUCUCAUCAAACUAGUGGCAAUCAACUUGUUUCUGUUGUGGAAUAUCAGGACGGGAGGAGCAGAUGAUCUGGAGGAGUUUGACUGUAUUGGCAGAGACGAGGAGGAGUGUUGGCAACUCACCCUGGAAUUUACAGUGGAGUUGUUUGACACUCUUGUACUGCAUGCUUGCGACAAUGAACCAUCAAAGGAAGAGUCUUCUGCCCCAGGGUGUGACGUGCUUCCAGCUCUCAAUCUACUGUGUCAGUGGAUGGCAGGAUCAUCCCCCAGUAUUUGGAAUGGAGAGGUGCUCAUGAAAACUAAGAUAUGGGAGGACUUUGCAGCAUUAUUGAAUCUCUUGCAAGUGGCAAACCCUAAUCUACCUGAGAAAAUUGAUAUUCCUCUUCAUGAAGACUGGGAGCUUCAGAGCUUUCUUCCUCUUAGAGUCAGUCAAAGGAAACUAACUUACAGUAUGAAGAGGACAAGACCAGAUGAUGAAUCUGUGCACAGAGUUGGUAGGCUUGUCAGAUUUGGAAAUCGGCUGGUGAACUACUCUCCUUGUAUCUUGAGUAAAGUGGAAGACCUUGCAACUGGCCUGUCAAACUUUUCCUUGAAGAUAAACACUUCAUCACCCAUUGAAGAGAUUUCAGUGCCGGAAGAAAAGUUUCCCAAGUCACCUCAAGACAUUGAUUUAGAGUCUGCAGGACAAAAGUUGCUGGCUUCUUUACCAAACCUGAACAAGGCAACACCGGUAGGGACACCGUUUGCUGAAACAAGUUCCUUGUUCAAGGGUCCAUUAGAUGUUGGCCACACUGCGGCAGGACUGGUUCCACCCUCUCCCUCCACAGUAGCUCAGUAUUCACUGUUCCAGUCAGGAUGGAAUGUACCCCUCACCUCUGCAGCACUAUCCCACCCAGUCUAUCUGGGGUUCAGACUUUACUCCUCAAUCUGAAGGAAUGUCUCCUCUGCAACAGCUUCUACAGGAGCAAAAGAAACACCAACAGAAGGACACUUGAUAAUCCAGAUCAACUGAGGUUUAGCGGUUUCCAUGGUGACGUGAUGGCAAAAGGCGUGGUCACGCAGGGCUUGCAUCAGCUCAGCUCAAUUAUUACUGCACUUCAUAAAGCAAAUUACUGGACAUAUUGGAGCCAGUAGGUUAACUAGCAGUGACGCGAGUACAGAGACUUUGCUUUACACCAGCUUCAAGUGCUGAGUAGGAAUAUCUCCACAGUGGACAUCUUAGAAGUUUUCGGACGUAAGAACCAAGAAAUCUAAAGAGCCGAUGGGAUCAUUUCUUGUUUUGUCGGGAACACAACUACGUCUUCAAAAGGAGCAAAUGCAAUUGUUGAGUUUACACGAAAUCUACUCAACGUUUGUCUGCAUUUUAGGAACAUCUCUUAGGGGAUCUACGAGCUCCCACUUAGAUUGUCAAAGUUUAUUACGGUAUUGUGAAGUCUACCUGAGGCUUGUAAUGUACUUUGUUAUUACAUUUAAUAUAUGGUAGAAAUCGAAAAGAGUAACCAGCGAUAAUGCGCACUUUCGAUUUGAAGGAAUUGUUUUUUCUUCAUCUUAAACAUUCAUUUAUUUGACUAAAAAAUUCAAAACUAUUAUAAUUGUUUUAAGCGGAAAACCUACAACGUUAUUCAAACUUGAAUCUCGAGUUUUACCUUCCGACUCUGUUCUUGCACAGAAUUUACUUAUUUGAUCGCUGGCGAGUGCUAACGGUCAUCAAAGUCACUUGAUUUUGUUGUGCAGUUCAAAUGCGGUAUGUUAUCUCGGCUGGGUUUUAAAUUCCGGGCGGUUUCUAUUGAUCAUACGCAAAUCGGUAUAAUUCAAUGAAACUAGAAGAAGAAAAGGGCGAUGAUAUACUUCUUUGUCAUCGGCACCGCUGUCUUUUUAGGACUGAAGAUGUCUUUUGAGUAAGUGUCACAGAGCCCUGUUUAUUUUAGAAAAUGACAGGCCUUAAAUCAGUGUAAUUAACCUUCUUUUCCAUUCAGUGUAAUGUAAAGUUUACAAGCUAUGAAGAAUCGAGUUGACACGAGAGGAUUUUGUGUUCUCACCAUAUUAAAUUUUUUGUAAGUUAAAUAAUUUCUCUUGGGGUUGUAACUUGGUAAAUGUCAAGACACUUUACGGAAAUAAAAACGUCGUACGUUUUUCUCUUA